AUGGUUUCCGUACUAAACACAGUGGAUACCGGGCACGAGGACAUGAUCCACGACGCCGAGAUGGAUUAUUACGGUCUGAGGUUAGCGACGUGUUCUAGCGACAACUCAGUUAAGGUAUUUGAUCUGAAAAACGGAUCACAGAGCCUGGUCGCCGACCUGAAGGGCCACGAUGGUCCAGUUUGGCAAGUCGCUUGGGCUCACCCUAAAUUUGGAAACAUUCUUGCAUCCUGCAGCUAUGACAGGAAAGUAAUGAUUUGGAAAGAGCUAGGAGAAUGGAAAAAAAUCUACGAGCACACAAGCCACGAUUCCUCAGUGAACUCCGUAGCGUGGGCCCCCCAUGAGUUCGGUUUGAUUUUAGCAUGCGGAAGCUCUGACGGUUCAAUUUCAAUACUUACCAACAACGGCGACAGCUGGAGCACCCAGAAGAUUCCAAACGCCCACACAAUCGGCUGCAACGCGGUCAGCUGGUGCCCAGUAAUCGACCCGACAUUCGACGCAGCUUCUCACCAGAGAACCGGCACCGUAAAACGCCUCGCUACCGGCGGGUGCGAUAACUUAGUAAAGAUCUGGAGAGAAGAAGGAGAUCGUUGGGUAGAGGAAAAUAAAUUGGAAGCUCACAGUGACUGGGUUCGAGAUGUCGCGUGGGCUCCAGCAGUCGGUCCACCACGCGCUGCAUUAGCUUCUUGCUCGCAGGACAGGCGCGUGGUAGUGUGGACCUCUUCAGACUACGCCAGCUGGAAGCCCAACGUGUUGAAUGUCUUCGACGACGUUAUCUGGAACGUCAGCUGGUCGCUGACCGGAGGAAUCCUCGCUGUCAGCGGUGGAGACAACAAAGUCUCACUCUGGAGAGAAAACUCUGAAGGACAGUGGUCUUGUAUUUCGGAGCUUAACAAAGGCCAGGGUAACCUUAACAACGCUGACCAACGGGUUCUCUAA